AGAAUCGAAACAGCAUGGCCAUUCUGAAUAGUCGGCCUCCCUUCUCUCUACUUAAGUCAAAAUAGUUUGGUGACGGUGCGCUUAUUGUUAAGUUAUGCUAUCUAUUAUUCACGUCCCCCUCCUCCAUCCGUGUACUUCUGCUACGUGUGAUGUGCUGGUGUGUGCGUGAUUCGCCUAAGUUCGAGUGAUAUUAGUGUCCCGCUCGUGAUUCCUUGAUUAUAUUCCGGUCGAACCAUUCCGUAGUACUAGCUAGAGCUGUGGGUGUUGAGUGUCAUUGGUGCCACAAUCCGAAUGACGAUGAAGAUGAGCCCAAAGAAACGAAUUGAAUAACAAGAAACCGGGUCCAGAAGAAACGAACGAAACCCACUCUGAGCUGAGCACCACCCUGCUUGAGCAUCUCAAUACAAAGAAAUAUCCAUAAGAAGGUUGGUUCCCCUUGACUUUUUGUUGGCCCACGGAAUCAGGAUGAGUUUUAACCGUGACCGACGAGGCAGCUCCGAUGCCAAUGGGUCCCCGCUCAACUUCAAAACCAUUGGCACCGCUUCUCUUCAAAUCCAGGUUCGAAUGCCUGCUCAGCGAUCCACCUCAAUGAGAGAGGCGUCACAGUCAACCUCCGAUCGGACGCGGUCCUCAGGCUCGAGGUCGUCUCAACAAGGGGGGGUCUAUGUCUCCACGAGCUCCCUGGCACCACCCAAAAACGUCAGAUCGGCCCGUUCAUUGUCCCCGGCCGGAAAUCGAAAACCUUUGUCUCCGUCCUCCCAUCACAGACACGCCUUACCUACUCGGGCACCCACUCCACCCCGGGAUGCCCGGGAUGCCCCAGAUCGCCCUUUGGCGCCACCCUCGUCGCCCAACAUUGAAAGUCGCCGGAGGAUGCUUUUGAGCAACAGCGCCACUCAUUCGGCGCCAGCCACGCCGCUCCCUCCGAGGUCGCCCAAGAUUCAGAUAUCCUCCGCUCGGACGGACAAAAAUGAGUUUUUCAAGCCGAAAUUGGAGCAUCCUGAGAUCGUGAUCCCUCGCCGGGUGUCUCGCACAGCCUUGUCCCGAACUCCCUCCCCGAGUCCGAGUCGGAAUCAGUCAUUAAAGUUGGCCACCCGUUUGUCUCAACAAGUCAUUGAUGUGGCUGGAGCCGGGGCGAGCGGCAUCCGCUUGUCCAAUUUGACUCCACCAACCACCAAGAAGUACGGCACGUCCUCCAUGGCCAGUCUUGAUCGGUCGGACUCAAACAGCCCGCCUAACAACUCGAGAAAGGCCAAGCCCCAUUUCCGGUCUCCAUCCCCCAGUGGCCGGCCUUCGAAUCGAGCAUCUAUCCGGAGUCUGCCAGAUUCUGAUUCGAGUGGUGCUAAUCCUGGCGGUGCUGCCAGUGGGGGUGCAGGUGAAAGUGGUUCUAAGGAACAGAAUGCAAAAGGGGCUGCUACGAAUGCCUCCACUCCCGAGGGAACAACGCCAGUCACAACUCCCAAAAGCGGAGCUAUGAACAACGCAAGCAACAGCGAGCCAUCGAAAAAGACUGGAAAAAUGCCUCACAAAGGAGCCUCUUCAGAAUCGUUCAACAUCAAGGAAUUUCUCGAAACAGCCAAAGAGGAGUUCGAGGAGAAGUGGAAGAAUCCCAAGCGAAACACAGCAUGUUUGGAUGAUUUCGAGCGGUUAAAAACCCUGGGAACCGGUUCUUUUGGCCGGGUGAUGUUGGCAAAGCACAAAGAGAAAAAUACAUAUUAUGCCAUGAAAAUCCUAGACAAACAAAAGGUGGUCAAAUUGAAGCAGGUUGAACAUACUCUGAACGAGAAACGCAUCCUUCAAGCCAUCUCGUUUCCCUUCCUCGUCAACUUGGAGUUUCAUUUCAAGGACAAUAGUAAUUUAUACAUGGUUCUCGAGUUCAUAUCUGGUGGGGAGAUGUUCAGUCAUCUGCGAAGACUUGGAAAGUUUAGCGAGGUUCACUCCAGGUUUUACGCAGCUCAAAUUGUGCUGGCAUUUGAAUACCUUCAUUACCUAGAUCUUAUAUAUCGUGAUCUAAAGCCAGAAAAUCUACUCAUCGAUAGUCAGGGCUAUCUUAAGAUCACAGAUUUCGGUUUUGCCAAACGGGUCAAGGGAAGGACUUGGACCCUCUGUGGAACCCCCGAGUAUCUAGCGCCAGAAAUUAUCCUCAGCAAGGGUUAUAACAAGGCCGUGGAUUGGUGGGCCUUGGGCGUCCUUAUGUAUGAGAUGGCUGCUGGAUAUCCUCCAUUCUUUGCAGACCAACCGAUUCAAAUCUAUGAAAAAAUUGUGUCCGGACGGGUUCGGUUCCCAUCCCAUUUCAGCUCAGAACUGAGGGAUCUUCUUCGGUAUUUGCUACAAGUGGACUUGACCAAGCGAUACGGGAACCUCAAGAACGGCGUCAACGACAUUAAGAUCCAUAAAUGGUUCACAGCAACAGACUGGAUUGCCAUCUAUCAGAAGAAGAACGAAGCCCCUUUCAUUCCUAAAUGCAAGCACGAGGGAGACACGAGCAAUUUCGAUGAUUACGAGGAAGAACCACUCAGGAUUUCAUCCACCGAGAAGUGUUCCAAGGAAUUCAGUGACUUUUAAGUAUAAAGAUAGUACUCUCUCUCUCUCUCGCCCUCUCGUCCCCAUGUCCCAUACAAAUAAAACAAGAACAACCCGAAAAGUGCCACUAAAAUGAAGAAUCCAUGCCAUAACCUAUCGGAAGCCAACCCCUUCAAUCCAAUUCCCUGAUCACAUCCCGAAAUGCAAGCGAAAUGACUGGUCCUAGUAAAAACGAGGAAGAAACAUUCCGACAACAAAAUUUCAAAAAAUAUCUCUAGUCAUGGCUAUUACCAUCUUGUUCCCCUCUCUGUCCCGCUGGAAGGAUCAUUCGUGAUGUGAUAUUAAUCCUUCUCGAGCCUCCUUCCUACUAGGAAGAAUUCCCCUCCCACCCUCCACAUCACUAACUAUCCACAGUGCUUCCCUAGACUCAAAAAUAACUGAACUCUGGGCAUUUCCUCUGGAUCUUUCGAUGUCACGAGCCUUUUCUGGUGCCACAACAAUUCCUCCCCACCCAAUAGCUCCCCUCCAAUGGCAGAAAAAACCACAACCGACAACUCUGUCCCUUGAAAUGACGCUUUUCCCCGGGGACAAGGGGACAAAAUAGUCACCAUCAUUAUCAUUACCAUGAACAACAGCCGCCGCCUCCACCACUACUAUUUCAUCAGUCACCUCCCCAGACGCAGUGUCAAUGAGAGCUCUUUUUCAACUGAUUACCCAGGACGACAGACACCCUUUUCCUUUGGAGGAGUUCCCGCGACGGGUACUUCCUGUUCCAACCUCCUCCUUGUCCUCCUCCUCCUCCUCCUCCUCCUCCUCGUCCUCGUCCAACUGCAGUUAAGCCUCGGCCCCUAUGGCCCCCAUGGCCUCCAUCACCUCCAUCGCCUCCUCUUUCGAUGUGAUCCGACGUUUCUGUUGUUGUGAAAAAGACAAAUGUUUUGAACAAAGGCCAAUCAACAACACACCCUGUUUGUUUGUUUAUAUUUUUCCCGCUUUCCAUCCUUGUCUUACUUUGACCACGCCCCUUUCAAGGGAACACCCACCAUUGGAUUUUUGCAUUUUUCCUCAAGUAGAUUCCACAACCAAUGAGUCGCAAGAAAGAAAAAGAAAAAGCGUCUACUCGUGAAAAAAUGCGCCAAAUUGAAAUGAACUGAUUGAUCAUACUGACUACCCCUAAAACUCCCUCUUUCCCGCCCGCCCGCCCUUCCUGUGAACCAGUGGCGAAUCCUGUAUUUCAACAAUGUCAUGAACAAAAAAAACAACUAAGCGAGUUGUUAUUACUGCUACCACUACUUCUACUAUUACGUCUACUCCUAUCAUUAUAUUAUUAGUUGAUGAUUCUUUCAUUUUGUCUAUGAGAUAUAAAACAACACACACUGAUGGUGUCAAUGAACCUACAUCAGCAGCUGUAUGAGAUAUGAGAUUGAAUGUGAAACAAAUAAACAUAUUACACGUCAA